AAUAUGUUAUAAUAUGUCAACCACAAUACACUAUAAGUAUGACUAGUGCCGACGAGGCCUUUCAUUAGGUCGGCUUGAAUACGCCAGACAUAGUAAAGGUCUAGUCGCUGUAUAAAUCAUCAACUUUCAUGAACAACGACUGUUAUGGUGUCAACUGGAUUACAUUUUGUAUUCCAAGUGUUAACUGAUUUAAUGGAAGCUUUUGAACUAACUGGAAAUGAUUGUCUUUACACCAGCUUUUAAUCAGAAGUGGUUAGUUCUGCUCUUAGCCUUAAUGGCUUUAACACUUGCAGUCCUUUAUCCACUGUUGAAAUCUUCAUUCAUAGGAAAUAUCUUUCCAGAAAAAAGAUGGCAUUGUUACAAGGACCUCACAGCAAAUGAGAGAGUUGUUUGUAGACCAUUAUGUUCAAAAGGACAGUUUAGUUUACCUGGGAUGUCUAGCUGUCAUCCAUGGUUGACUUGUGAUGAUUUCCUUAAUAUUUUUCCUCAGAAACUUCUCGUUAAGAGUGUUGUUAAAAAGGUUAUCCAAGCUAAAUGGAAAAGUUACGUAGUUGUAAUGUCCUCUCUGGCUUCUUCUCAUUAUCAAGAGGACUUUAAACAUCACUUAAAAAUGUUGCAAUCCUGGUCAGGUAAUUCUCUCAUUAUCCAACUGCUGGGCUUUUGUAAUGACACAAUAAUUACAGAGUUUUAUAAAUUAGGAAGUGCCUUGAAUGUGUGGACUUUGAUGAAUAAACAACUGAGAAAAUAUGACAGUUUGAUAAAACGGCUCAACUUAUGCAUCAGUUAUAUAAACAUUAUAAAAUUUCUUCAUUUUAGUCCUAAUGGAACAAGAGUUAUGUGUGACUCUAAUUCAUUGGAAAAGACUCUUAGUCAGUUUCUCCUUCAACCAGAUCUUCACCUAGUGCUGAAUGAUCUUGAUGCACUACCUGAGGUAAAACCAGAAAGUGGCAAGAAAAUAAAAUGUGGUCAUGUAGAACUUAUGGGAGACUUUAUUGCUCCUGAGCAGAGAUGGCCCUACCCAGAUCUUCUGUUUGAUGACAAUGAAAUGCCAGGCUAUGAUGAAAAAACAGAUAUAUGGAAAGUUCCCAACGUUUGCAACUGGUUUCUGGAAGAUGAUGAUAACAGUGAAUUUCUGAAAUUAAAACUUUUUAAAAUUCACAAACAAUGUAAACAUCUCAAUGCUUCAUUAAGGCCAACUGCUCAAGAAGUGUUUCAAGAAUAUGAGAGGGUUUUGCAAGAACUUUUAUAGGCCAAAAGUAGUGGUGUGUCUUCUUUGGGGCAUACUAUAAUUCUGGAAGGAUUUGAAUAGUAAACUAACAAAGAAAGGUAAAAAUGAUUUUAAUUGGAUUAAUGGCUUAAUUUAUUACACAUAUAUACAAAUAUUCUAUAGUUUUAAUUUAGGUGUUCUAUUCAGAACUGACAAAGGUUGGUUUGCUAAAAUUUUGCUGUUUUGUAAAAGCAAUGUCAGUGCAGUGAAGGGAGAGCUAUUGAUUAGCUUGUCUUCCCUCUUGUCUGUAGUUCAAAAUUAGGGAUAGCUAUGUGAAGAUAAUACUGUGUAUUUUUUUGUAUGAAAAUGUUUGAAAAAAAUAAACCAAACUAAAUGCAUUGAGAUAAUUAUAGUUUUGUGUAAAUAUUACAAUCAGUUUGACAUUACCAGAUGUUAUUGAAGCUAUUGUGAGAUCAUAAAAAUAACAGUCAGCAUGAUAUUAUUAAAUAACAUUCAACUUUGGCAUAAUCUAAAUACCCAAGUUGGGUAUGUCUUUACCAAAUGGUACUGAGGGGAGCAUGAUUUUAUCUAUAUAUUGAAGUCAGUAUGUUAUCACUAAAUGGCAAUUAGGUGAAGCUGGAGUUAUUUAGUUUCUGAAAUUAAAGUGAUAUUCAUAAGUAUCACUAAGCCAAUUGUAUUUUGAUCUGUAUACUGAAAUUAGCUAUUAAGUGGCACUAAGAUUGAUACAGUGUUAUGUAAAUACUGAAAUCAAUGUCAUAUUUGUAAAUGUCACUAAGAUGUGUAUAUUUUCAUCUAUAAAUUGAAAUGAAUGUGUUAUUACCAAAUGACAGAGAUUAGUAUGAUUUCAUCUAAAUCCAUGAAGUGUGACAUUACUGAAUGACAUUAAAGUAAUUCCAGCAUCAUUUAAAUGCUACAGUCAGUAUGCGUUACCAAAUGUUAGAGUAACCCCCGAUUUUGGUUUCGACUGAACAAUGAAAUAUAUUUAACAGUACCAAAUGCACUGAAACAAUUGUGGAUUUUGCCAAACUAUCAAAAUUAAUAAGACCAACCAAACUGCUCUAAAGUAACUGUGUGAUUUUAAAGAAUGGAAAUGGUAUAUAUAACUUUGACAGCUUAAGUAUAACAUGUGAUAUACAAAAUAAUGAUAGUAACAAUUGACAUAUAACAUAAAUAAUAGUGGUAAUAUAGUACGUGAUAAAAACAACUGUACCAUUGUGGUGAACAGAAAUUACAAUGAUAGAAUAGCAUACAAUAGGAAUAAAAUAAAAGUACUAAUGUGACAUAUACGGAUAUUAUAAUUAUUGUAGUACAUACAUAAUGGAAAUAACAGAACCAGAGUAACACAGCACAGAGAUGAUAACACUAGCGUGACAUUAAACAGAAAUAGUAAUACCAGUGUAGUAUAUAGUAUGUAACAGAAAUGACAGACCUAGUGCGACAUCCAAUGGAAACAACAUCACUGUGACAUGCACCAGAAGUGACAUUAGUGAUCUGUUACUCGCAGAAUGGAAUAUAGAUUUGUAUAUUAU